GGCGACGACACGCUCGCGAAGGAGGCGCUCACGCGCAGGCAGACUGCGGUCCAGAAGGUAAACGAGCUGGAGUUGCAGGCCUCCUCCAUGGCCGAGAACGUGGACCGGCUCUUCGACUCGGUGAAGGCCCUGGAGGAGAAGAUCGUCCAGGCGAAGGAGGAGAAGGAGCAGCUCAUCGCCCGCGCGCGCACGGCCCAGACCACGUCCAAGGUCAACGAGAUGCUGUCGGACGUCAGCUCCUCCAGCGGAGCUGGUGCGUUCGACCGGAUGAAGGAGAAGGUGGAGAUGCUGGAGACCCGCGCGGAGGUGUCCCAGGGCAUGCUUCCCGGGGCGAAGGCUCCUGGCAGCCUCGAGGACCAGUUCAAGCAGCUCGAGGCCGGCAACGCCGUCGACGACGAGCUGGCCCGCCUGAAGGGCAAGAGAGCUCUGCCCGCGGGCGGCGGCGCGCCCGCAGGCGGCGGGGCCGUGGACCCCCUGGAUGCCGAGCUCGAGGCCAUGAGGAAGAAGCUGAAGGACUCGAAGUGA